AUGUCGAGCGCUGCACCCAAGUGGAAGAUCAUCGUCGCCAAUGAUGACGCCGCGGUAGACUACAAGAAAGUUAUCAUCGAGGAUCUUAAGAAGGACCCCCGCGUAGAGCUGGUCGAUGACUUCGGUGCCAAAGACACCUCUGAUAAGACGCCCUACCCUAAUGUCGCCACUGCCGCCGCUGAGAAGGUGGCUGCAGGUCAAUACGAUCGCGGGCUGUUGCUCUGCGGGACCGGCCUCGGUGUCGCCAUCAGCGCCUGCAAGGUCCCAGGCAUCCGGGCCGCUUGUUGCCAUGACCCUUUCAGCGUUGAGAGGUCUAUCCUAUCCAAUGAUUGCCAGAUCUUGACCAUGGGUCAACGCGUCAUUGGGAUUGAGCUCGCCCGCAACUUGGUCAAGCAAUGGUUGGGCCACGUCUUUGACCCUCAAAGCGCUUCGGCCAAGAAGGUUGCUGCCAUCUCCGAGUAUGAAAAGAAGGCUGCUUCCUAG